CCCGCCGAUCUGGGGAGAGCCGCGCUCGGCCGCGCGGCACCGUUUCCUCCGAGAUGUUCGGGGACGCGGCGGCCGGCGCACUGGAUGUGCAGUCGGUGUGGAGGAGGGACCAGGGGGCCCGCUGCGAGGAGAAGAGCACCCAGACCGGCCCCGUCCCCACGGCCGAAGGGGCGGCCCAGACCCGCCGCAGCCGGGAGGUCGGCGUCCAGGCGGACCCCGAGGCCGGCCCCGCCCGGUCCCUGGCCUUCCUGCCGCCGGCCCUGGUGGAUUACGCCGGGCUGCGUGCCUUCCUGCAGCGGGUGGAGGAGCCGGUCGUCCGGGAGCUGGACAAGAACUGGAAGAGCCACGCUUUCGACGGCUUCGAGGUGAACUGGGCGGAUCCGAAUGAAACGGUCUCUUGCGCGCACAGCUUGUCAUACCCGGAAGCUCAGGAGCUCAGCCUGCAGGUCACCAGCGUCUCCUGGAACGCCACGGGGGCCGUCCUCGCUUGUUCCUACGGCAGACUGGAUGAUGGAGACUGGAGCUCCGAAAAAUCCUUCCUCUGCACUUGGAAUCUCGACCGCCGAGCACUGAAUCCCCAUCGCCCAGACCUCGUGGUGGAGAUCCCCAGCGCGCUCAUGUGCAUCGCUUUCCACCCCCAGCAGCCUUCGCUCAUCGCUGGUGGCCUGUUCAACGGAGAGGUCUUGAUAUGGGACACCAGCAGGGAGGAAGACCCUUUGAUCUGGAGGACCGGAAUGACUGACGACACUCACACUGAUCCUGUUUACGAGGUCAGCUGGCUCCGAGACUCCCGGCAGGCCCGCUCCUUCCGUGUCUUGAGCAUCUCCACGGAUGGGAAGAUCCUGGUCUGGCAGGAAGAGAGAGACGGCCUUCUCCACCCUGCUGGCGGUUUUGCCUUGGUCCAGCAGCAGAUUCCCAGGAGCACAAAGCUUAAGAAGCAUUCUCAAGGAGACAUGGUGGUGGGCGUGACGUCCAUCUCCUUCUCCCACUUCGAGCCCAGCGUCUUCGUGAUCGGCACGGAGGGCGGCUACUUGAUGAAGUGCUCGACCGCGGUGGAAACGGCCGCUGUCUUUCAGAAGGCCAGCUCCGUCCCCCUGAAGGCCCCCGCCCAGUUCGUCUUCGCCCCUCAGGGAGGCCCCGUCUACAGCGUCAGCUGUUCACCUUUCCACAGGAACCUGUUUUUGAGCGGAGGGACUGACGGGCACGUUCAUUUACACUCCAUGCUGCAAGCUCGCCCCCUUCUCUCCCUUCAACUGUCGAAGAAAUACAUUUUCAGCGCGAGGUGGUCGCUGGUACGGCCCUUGGUUUUCGGAGCUGCUUCAGGGGAAGGGGAGGUGCAGCUGUUCGAUUUUGCAAAGAGCUCCCAGAAGCCCUUGGUUUCGAUCAGGCAGACGCCCAACCAGUGCCCUGUCUACUGCCUGGAGUUCAACCCCCAGCAGCCCCAGCUUCUUGCCGCCGGAGACGGCAGCGGAACGGUGAAGGUCUGGCAGCUGAGUUCGGAUUUCACCGAAGCGGGCCCGCGAGAGAUGAGCCACCUCGACCAGUUGGCCAACGAGGUUACCGAUUAAAGUCCAGGGAGUUGGUGUUUCUUAAUGGACAGAUGUGCAAGGCUGGGUGAGAAAGUCCCUUUGCUGGGUGCC